CAGGUCGUCGAUAUACAUCGUGUUCGUGGCAUUGAAGGCAGUGCAGCUCACGUGUGGCGGAACAUAGAAUGGCGCCGCAAAAGAGGAAGGCGGUCACCGAUGAUCGGCCCAGCAAGAAGACAAUGGCGAGUGUGACUGAAUCCGACAUAUCGAAACCCGCGGCAAAGGCGUCCAAGCAGGACAAGAGCGGCGGCGAACGAAAAGCGACGUCGCAGUCUGUCUUGCAGCAAGAGGAGCGCGCAUUUCCUCGUGGCGGGGCAAGUGUCUUAACGCCUAUUGAGCAUAAGCAGAUUAAAGCGCAGGCUGAGCGAGACGUUCUCUUCGAGCAGCAAACUGGCCAGAAAGCGCCGGGUCGCGAUGAUGCUGACGGCGAGCUUUUCGGUGAAGAGCCAACUCAGGAGCCAGUCAGGAAGAAGCGGAAAACGAAGCAAUCGAACAGCACUGCCGCGCCUCAGGGCACAGGCUCUGGUAUAAGAAUACAAGGAUUGAGCUACAAGAACCUAGCCGUUGGCAGCCAAGUGCUGGGUUAUGUAACGGCCAUCACCGCCCGAGAUAUCGCGCUUGCCCUGCCGAAUAAUCUCACUGGCUACGUUCCGAUCACUGCCGUGUCUGACAUUCUCAAUGCUCGCAUUGAACGACUACUUGCGGAAGACGAACGCAGGGCGGAUGACGAUGAAGAUGUGGACCUCAAGAGGCUCUUCUACGUCGGUCAGUGGCUUAGGGCAACAGUGAGAUCUGUUGGUUCUGAGCAAGCAGGAAGCAAGAGCAAGCGCCACAUUGAACUUGCCAUCGCUCCAUCUCAGGUCAAUGGUGGACUUGACGGAGACAGCGUGGUCGUGAACAGCAUGCUCCAGGCCGCAGUCAGAAGCGUUGAGGACCAUGGUGUCGUCAUGGAUCUGGGUCUUGGAGAUGAGACUGUGAAAGGCUUUGUAAGCAAAAAGGACUUGGGUGCUGGCUUUAAGCUCGGACAGCUACAGGAAGGGCAGGUCAUGAUGUGCUUAGUGACCGGUAAGAGCAGCAACGGCAAAGUUCUGAAGCUGUCGCCAGACGCUGCGCGCUUCUCGACUCAUGGCGCCGAAAAGGAGACGCCUGUGGUCAGUGAGGCACCGACUGUUGAAGCCUUCUUGCCCGGCACGGCUGUCAGCAUCCUUGUCACCGACUCUGGUGCUGGAGGCGUGGUUGGCAAAGUUAUGGGUAUGGUUGACGUGACCGCCGAUGUCAUGCACUCAGGCGCCGCUACGAAGGGUGCAGACAUGAGCAAAAAGUACAAGAUCGGCUCGAAAAUUUACGGACGCAUCGUUUGGACCCUACCGAAUGCCGACGACGGCCGCCGCGUAGGUGUCUCAUUGUUAGACCACAUGCUUUGCUUACCGCCGCCUACCUCGAGACUGCCUGAAGCGGCAAGCGCAAAAUUACGCGUGCAAGCUACUCAACUCGAACAACAUAUGCCUAUUUCUGCAAUCAUAGGGGAUGCGAAGGUGGUGCAUUUAUUAUCCGAGCGAGGAAUCUUCCUUGAACUUCCUACCGUAGCGGGCCAGCCAGCGCCGGCCUUUGCACACAUCUCCCAAGUAUCUGACACCCGCAUUGACGUGCUAUCGUCGUCAAGCGGCCUUUUCAAAGUCGACUCGGUCCAUAAGGCGCGUAUUAUCGCUUUCAAUCCCAUCGACAAUCUCUACUACGUCUCGCUCAAGCAGAGUGUUCUUGACCAAGCUUAUUUGCGCCUCGAAGAUCUAAAGGUUGGCGAGGUAGUCAAAGGCACCGUUGAGCGGUUGAUCCUGGGUGGCAAAACCGGCAUCACUGGAGUGCUGGUAAAGCUCAGCGCUACAAUCACGGGCUUAGUCCCGGAAACGCAUUUCAGUGAUGCUCAACUGCAACACCCAGAGCGCAAGUUCAGAGAGGGCUUUCCUGUGCAGGCUAGAGUGCUUUCUGUGGAUCUUGAGAAAAGGCAUGUUCGGCUUACUUUCAAGAAGUCACUCAUUGAUAGAGAAGUAGAGGUUUGGCAAGACUACAAUAUCCUAAAGCCUGGCAUGGAAGGGACCGGUACGAUUGUCAAUCUCUUGCCUAGCGGCGCCGCGGUGCAGUUUUUCGGAAACGUACGUGCUUGGUUGCCGGUCGCGGAGAUGAGCGAGGGUUACAUUGAGCGCGUUGAGCAGCAUUUCCGCCUUGGACAGACGGUCAAUGUUCGCAUCCUGUCUGUCAACGCUGAGACACAAGAGAUGAAAGUCUCAUGCAAGCAAAGCGGCUUAUUCGAUGCAGAGCAGCAGGAGGCUUGGGAAGCUGUAUCUGGUGGUCAGCUCGUCAGUGGCAGCGUCACUGUGAAGGGUGGCGAGAGUGUCACUGUCGAACUACAGAAUGGGUUACUUGGCCUGAUCAGGCACGGACAUCUUGCUGAUGGCGCGCCUACCAAAGCUGACAGCGCGCUCUCACGCAUACGAGUCGGCCAGAACUUGACGGAUCUUUUAGUUCUGGGUAAACGGGAGAGGAGUAGACAAGUUCUGCUUUCGAACAAGCCGUCCCUUGUCAAAGCUGCUAAAGCAGGCACGCUGAUCAGAUCUUUCGCAGACGUCAGGGAAGGUGCUGUGGCCCAAGGAUUCGUGCGCAAUGUUACGCCCGAGGGCGUGUACGUCGACUUCACCAACGGCAUUGUUGGCCUAGUGCCAAAGAGCCAGGUCGGAACUGACAAGGUUGGCAAGCCUGCAUUCGGCCUGCUGAAGGAGCAAACAGUGCACACCUGGGUGCUGAACAUCGACACAGCCCGGGAGCGGUUCACGCUCAGUAUGCGCGAGCAGACAGAUAAGCCAGCGGUAGCUGAUCGUGCUCAGACAGCUGUGCACGACGUCACAAAAGGCCAGAUAGUGAAAGUGAUGAUUGCUUCUAUCAAGGCCACCCAGCUCAACGUUCGGCUUGCGAACGGAGUGCAAGGUCGCAUCGACGUGAGCGAAGUUUUCGAUUCGUGGGACGACAUAUCGAACAACAAAGCGCCCUUGCAGAAGUUCAAGCCCAAUGAAGAGCUCGAGGCCAAGGUGCUUGGCCUGCACGAUGCGAGAAAUCAUCGCUUCUUACCUAUCAGCCACCGUCAAGGCAAGGCGCCAGUAUUUGAACUCUCUGCCAAACGUAGCAGAAUCAAUGAUCAGAGCGAGCAGCUACUGGGCCUAGAUUCAAUUGUUCCGAAUGCGAGCUACUUAGCUUUCGUGAACAAUCACGGCGACAAUUGCGUGUGGGUUAAUUUGUCACCAAACGUGAGGGGCAGGAUUGCGCUUAUGGAUUUGAGCGAUGACGCCGGCAUGCUGCAGAAGGUUGAGAAGAGCUUUCCGAUUGGCUGUGCGCUGCAAGUCACUGUGAAGGCGAUUGAUCUUGUGAGCGGCAGGCUGGACCUGACCGCCAGAAACAGCACUGAGCAGAAGGCGUUGACGUUGCAAGAUAUCUCGCCUGGCAUGGUAUUGCCGGGCCGAGUGACCAAAGUCACGGAGCGUGCAAUCACCGUUCAGCUGUCGGACACACUCGCCGGACCCGUGCCGCUCGUGGAGAUGAGCGAUAACUAUGAGCAGCUAAAUGUCCUGCAAUACCGGAAGAAUGACAUCGUACGGGUCUGCGUCUUGGGCAUUGACACACCGAAUAAGAAGCUCUUUCUUAGCCUGCGGCCAUCGAAGGUGCUGAGCUCCAGCUUGCCGGUCAAGGAUCCUCAGAUUGCUAGCGUGUCCCAACUCAAGCCUGGAGAUCUCGUGCGAGGCUUCGUAAAGCAUGUGGGAGAUAGGGGCGUCAUCGUGUCGUUGAGCCCUCAGUUAGACGCCUUCGUGCGGAUCUCUGACCUUAGCGAUCAGUACGUUAAGGACUGGAAGAGCCUGGUGGAGAUUGAUCAGCUUGUCAAGGGGCGGGUCACCGCUGUCGACAGCGAGACGAAGAACGUACAGCUCAGCUUAAAGGCUUCACAUGUUGACGAAGACUACGUUCCGCCGAUAAGCAUCAAUGAUCUCGCAGCUGGCACGAUCGUGACUGGCAAGGUCAGGAAAGUGGAGGACUUUGGUGCAUUCAUUGACAUUGACAACACGCAGCCGAGACUCUCUGGACUUUGUCACAGGAGCGAGGUAGCGGCGAAGAGAGUCGAGGACGUACGGAAGCUCUACAGUGCUGGGGAUGUUGUCAAGGCCAAGGUGCUGAGUGUCGACCUUGAAGCGAGGAAGAUCAGCCUUGGGCUAAAGGCAAGCUACUUCGCAGACGUCGAUGCCAACGACCCCGGAGUUGCGGCUGACGACGUGGAGGAUGAAGCUGCGAGUGACGUUGGUGGUGUAGGAAUUGACGAUGUCCAAUUGGGUAACGGCCCAUAUGGGGAAGAAGACGAGGACGUCGAUCCCGAUAACAUUGCGGAUGUCGAUGUUCACGAUGGCCGUACGGACGGCAUCGAUGGCAUGGGUUUCGAUGAAGAGACGGUAUCAAAACCUACAUCAGGCCUGAAGACGCUUGGGUUCGAUUGGAAUGGCGACGCUUUUGGUAGCGCGACCAACGGUGCAAUGUCCGACUCCGAGCCUGAAACUAGCGUCACGAAAAAGCGCAAGCGCAACAAGCCUGAGAUCAAGGUGGACAUGACUGGAGACCUCGACAAGUACGGACCGCGCAGUGAGAGUGACUUCGAGCGGCAACUCCUUGGUCAGCCCAACUAUUCUGGCCUGUGGAUUCAGUACAUGGCCUUCCAGCUGCAGCUUAGCGAGGUACAAAGGGCUCGCGACAUUGCAGAGCGUGCGCUUAGAACCAUCAACAUUCGUGAGACGGAUGAGAAAGCAAACAUAUGGAUUGCUUGGCUGAACCUUGAAGUCGAAUAUGGCGAUGAAGCCAGGGUCGAAGAGGUCUUUGCGCAAGCCUGCCAGGUCCAAGAUUCACUGGAGAUGCACGAAAAGUUGGCUUCGAUCUACAUCGACUCUGGCAAGCAUAAGAGAGCAGACAACAUCUUCGAACGAAUUGUGGCACACAAGGCGUUCCGUGCCAGUCCGGAAGUCUGGCUGAAUUAUGCGACCUUCCUCAUGGAUCGGUCGAGAGAUCCGGUGAGAGCUCGAGCAUUGCUUACGAGGGCCUUGCAGUCUAUACAGAUGAAUGAGCAUCGUCCUUUAACCGCCAAGUUUGCUGGCCUUGAGUUUCGCUUCCUGAACGGUGAUCCCGAGCGCGGGCGAACCAUCUUCGAAGGCUUGCUCACCGAGUGGCCCAAGUGGAGCUCAGGUUGGGAUAUGUGGGUCGACCUUGAGCGAUCACGCCUCGCUCGCGUGGGACCACAAGACGAACGAGCGGAAGCGCGGGAGAAGGUGCGCGCACUCUAUGAGCGAAUGGCAGCACAGAAAACGAAGAAGCGGCGUGCGAGGUUCGUCUUCAAGCAAUGGUUAGAAUUUGAGGAGAAGGAAGGGAAUGGGAAGGGCGCCGAGAGGGUCAAAGCGCUGGCUAAGGAGUAUGUGGAAAGCCAGCAAGCGAAGGGUGAGGAAGAGACGGAAGAGUAAUCCCGUGAGCUACAAGAGAAUUUGUCAAUAUGAGAAGGCAUGGUGUCAGCAGCUUGUACAUACAGCUCCAUUAACGGCAGCUCUUGGCGUCUCCAAGCGCCCAAUCGAGGCCUCGGUGCAGGAUUCCCCUAUUUCAUCACCUUGACUUCCGCC